AUGUGGGAACCUUUUGAACCAGGAAGUUCACCAGUUGAUUGGUGUGAAGGAAAUUAUAAGAUUUCUCCAAGUAUUGCUGAGUUUAUGAAUACAUUCAGCAAUGUCGUAUUUCUAUUACUUCCGCCAAUACUGAUGCAUUUAUUCAAAGACUACGGAAGAUUCGUGAAUCCAGCGAUACAUAUUAUCUGGUUUUUGUUGAUGAUAGUUGGAAUAAGUAGUGCGUACUUUCAUGCGACAUUGUCUUUGAUAGGACAACUGUUAGACGAGUUAGCAAUACUAUGGGUUUACAUGACUGGACUUUGUAUAUUUUUCCCACGAAGAUAUUUGCCAAAUAUAUUUCGCAACAACAGGAAAUUGUUUUCAAUGUUCAUCGUGCUGCCAACAUUAAUAGCAACAGGUUUAUCAGUCGUGCAUCCGGCAAUCAAUGCAUUUGCUUUAAUGUGUUUAGCGAUUCCUGCGUUUGGAUUUAUGAUUCUUGAGCUCAAAAAGACAAAAUCCAUGCGAGUAUACAGGCUUGGCGUAAGAUGUGGAGCAGUAUGGAUCCUAGCUGUCAUCUGUUGGCUCAAUGAUCGUCUAUUCUGUGACACAUGGAUGAAUCUAAAUUUCCCCUAUCUACAUGCUCUCUGGCAUUUGCUAAUUUUCAUAGCAAGUUACACGGCAACUGUUUUGUUCGCUUACUUCUCAGUAAAAGAAGAACGUCCUCAGCAAUCACCCGUGCUUAAAUACUGGCCAAGAAAUGAUUUUGAGCUUGGUAUUCCUUAUGUGACAAUCAAAUGCUACGUCAGAAUCGAUAAUAAUACCAAUAUAUAA